UGUAACUUGUAUCGUAAGAAGACGAAGUUCUGCCAAGUUGAGGAUGAGACAGCAUAAAAUAUAAUGGAAAAUAUAUAUAAUUCGUUAUCUGUAAGUUGCAGAACUCCUAAGACAUGUGAAGUUUGUUUCAAAUUGGAAUAUAAAUACAAAUGUCCAACGUGCUUAAAGAAGUAUUGUGGUGUUGAAUGUUUUAAAAAACACCGUAAAGCAGGAUGCCAAAGAAAAGACUUAAUUACAGCACAGGAAUGUAAAAAAGAAGAGGCUUCUUCCAGUCAAAAAGAAGAGUAUGUAUUUGAAACUGAAGACACAGUCCCUCUAGAAAAGUUAAGGUUACUAGCGUGUGACCAGGAGUUAAGGAACCAGCUGGCUAACCCUCAUUUGAAGGAUAUAUUGUUGGUAUUAGACACCUCCAGUGAUCCAGAGAAGUUGAUUGAUGAUGCCAUGAAAGAACCAAUUUUCAUAGAGUUUGCUAAUAGUUGCUUACAAUUAGUCGAGAGCAAAGGUGGAAAUCAAACCUGAAACAUUUAAGAAACUUGAACUAGUUUGUAUCUCAGAAGGAGCCAUGUAAAUUACUAAAUGGUUUUGGAAAACUGGAUAUUUUGAAGUUUUUAUGGUUUAUUAUUUUGUAAAGCAAGUUUUUAAUAUUGUCACUGUACUUUGUUUAGUUUUUUUUUUAUUAGUCAUAUAAAAGCACUUAUUUUGUACUUCCUCUCUGUGGAGUUUAGAAUUAAGUAUGCUGACAAUAUGUUGAAAAAACAUCUUUCUGUUUCUUAUAUUUAAUAUUUUCAUAUGAUCACAUUUAACAGUAAGAUUAUUCAGAUCUUUGGCAAAAUCUUAGGUAAAGUUUAUUAAAAUAUAAUCCACUUUGUUCUCAUUAUAUAGAGUUAAAGACUGAUUUAUAUCAAACAAAAGUUGAAAACCCUAUUUAUAUAAGUUGUAUGAAAAUUUUAGCUAAGCUAUUGUUAUGGUAAUACAGUAAUCAUGAGUAACUUUCCUGUUAAUGUAGUUAGACAAAAAUAUACAUUUAUUUAAUACUUUUUUAUUACCUACUCAUGAUUACUUGCCAUAUUUGUUUGUAAAAGAAUAACUAACUUCAGAAUUUAAAAAAAUUGUAACAUUUGACAUUUCAUCUUUUAUCUUCGUUCAUUACAAUUAUAAACAAAAACUAUAAAACACUGCAGCUGGUGGCAGUUUAUAACUUUGGCUGUUGUUCACUAUGGCUGGUAGCAGUUUAUAGCUGUGGCUGUUGUUCAUCAUGGCUGGUGGCAGUUUAUAGCUGUGGCUGUUGUUCACCAUGGCUGGUGGCAGUUUAUAACUGUGGGUGUUGUUCACCAUGGCUGGUGGCAGUUUAUAGCUGUGGCUGUUGUUCACCAUGGCUGGUGGCAGUUUAUAGCUGUGACUCUUGUUCACCAUGGCUAGUGGCAGUUUAUAGCUGUGGCUGUUGUUCACCAUGACUGGUGGCAGUAAGAGGGAUGAGUCAGUUUCCGAAUCCUCCAAUUAUUACAGGUAUAACUAUGAAGAAGAUUAUUACAAAUGCGUGGGCUGUUACGAUUACAUUGUAAAUUUGAUCAUCCCCAAUUAAU